GGCCGGGGCCGGGGCCGGGGCCGUCGCGGGCGGGUGAGGCGCGGCGCGCACCGCGCUGACGGGAGCCGCCAUCGCCUGCCCCAAUUGGCCGCGUGAGGCGAGCGGCGGAGCGGGGAGGGCGAGGGACGGGACGGGACCGGGACCGGGACCGGGCGGGGGGCGUGUGACGGCACAGAGCGAGGGGCGCGGCGGCAUGGCCUCGGGCGGCCCAACGGCCGGCGGCGGAACGGCCGCGGAGGGCUCGGCCGGCGGCGGGUGCGGCGGAGGCGGCGGCGGUGGCGGUGCGGCCGCGCCGGAGCGGGAGCCGGAGCCGGAGCCGGAGCCGGAGCCGGAGCCGGAGCGCUUGGAGGAGGAGGAGGAGGAGGAGGAGGAGGAGGAGGAGGAGAAGUUGCUGCGGCUGGCAGCAAGAUGAAGAGGCGGCGCCACCGUUGGGGCGCCGCGAGGGCCCCCUACCCCCGGUUUAGGCAGCAGGGAAUAAUUAGCAGAGUGACAGAAACGGUGAAAAGUAUUGUACCGGCGUGGCUGCAGAAGUAUUUCAAUAAGCGUGAGAAUGAGUGUGCAGCUGCAAAUAAAUCUGCAAACCAGGCGGCGACUCCAGUAAACCAGCAUCAUAAUUACGCAGAUGAGGUACCCUAAAUGAUGGGAGAUACAUGCCUGAACGAGCGACACUUAAUAGACAAGAACCAUCCACAAGUAGCUCAGCACUGAACUACCCAGUUGCCUUAACAAGGCCCGCUCUUCAUCGGAGCCAUUUGAAUUAUACCAUGUCGGAUUCUUCUGUCCCACCUUCUCAGCCCUCCACAUCUUCAAUAUUUGGCAUUGGCAGUCCCAGACUCUCUUUCAUAAAAGAAAUCAAAGAUGCUAUCUCUCAACAAGACGAUGACAACAUGUCAAGAACCGGUGGCUUCUCCUCUAGAGCAUCUGACAAAGAUGUUGGAGUUUUAAAAAAUACUUCUUCAUCACUGCUCUGGACCACAGAAGCUGAUAGAACUCAUUCCCUCUCGCAGCAUUCUGCAGCUAGCUCUAAGAAACCUGCAUUCAGUUUAUCUGCUUUUGGAGGAAUGUGUGCUGCACGCGGAAGCACAUCUGACUGUAAGAAAAACCAGCCUGGGUAUUCUCCAUUUUACCCUGGAAAGACGGUCUAUGGUGGUGCAGCUGUAAUACCAAAGCCGUCGAUGAUAGAACCUUAUCAGGUACAAAUGAGAAGGAGAGUUAGACAAGCAAAAGUGCAGUCCCACGCUACCUUAAGUACCGCAACACGGUGCGUCUUGGAGGCACUGGAGGAGCUGUCAAGCCCUUUGAUGGAUGCUAAAAAAAUGCCACCUCUUUUGCCGCUGAGUUCUCCUCCAGACAUAGAUGAACUGAAUAUUCCUGACCUUCAGCCCAAACGAAGAAAGGUAAAGAACCAAUAA